UGACUUUGAUGUGAAAAACCUAACCUAAAACAUAAAUAUUUGGAGAUUUUCAUUUUUCAUAUCAUUUUUCAGAUUGUUGUAUUUGAAAAAGUUUUGUUAAAAUGGGGAAAAGACAACAUCAAAAGGAUAAAAUGUACAUUACGUACACAGAGUGGACUACCCUUUAUGGAGGAAAAAAAGGUGGCUAUACAUCAAAAGAGGGAGAGAAUUUUAGAAGGCUUCCAUUUGACCACUGUUGUCUAUCUCUACAGCCUUAUGAGAUUCCUUAUUGCGAUUUAGAUGGAAAUAUUUUCGAUUUAGAAGCACUAAUUCCAUUUUUAAAGAAAUUUAAAAUCAACCCUGUAACUGGUAAACCCCUGGAUUUUAAAUCUUUAAUACAGCUGAAUUUUCACAGAAAAAGUGAGGGUGUCUUUGAAUGCCCUGUCUUAUUCAAACCAUUUACCAAUAGUUCACAUAUUGCUGCUAUUGCCACAACUGGGAAUGUGUUUUUAAUGGAGGCUAUUGAACAGUUGAAUAUUAAGAACCGCAAUUGGAAGGAUUUAAUUACUGAUCAACCAUUCGAAAGGAAAGAUAUCAUUGUACUUCAAGAUCCCAAUAAUUUAUCGAAAUUUGAUAUUUCAAAAUUUCAUCAUGUCAAACAAAAUUUAAGGGUUGAAACAGAAGAGGAAAUUGCGGAUAAGUCUGAUCCACAAGCCAGAUUAAAGAAAAUAAAUCCAGAAACAAAGUAUACCCUAGAUGAACUAAAUAAAGAGUACAAACCACCAACGAUAGAAGUGAACAAAAAAGCAAGUACAGAGAAAGCUGACAAAUUCAAUGCAGCUCACUAUUCGACAGGAGCCGUAGCUGCUAGCUUUACAUCUACAACCAUAGUUCCAAAACUUCAGGGUGAAGCAGCCAUAAUUCAUGAAGAUGAAGUUAGAUACGAACGGGUAAAGAAAAAAGGAUACGUUAGACUUGUCACAAACUUGGGUAUGCUGAAUCUAGAAUUACACUGUGAUAUGGUUCCAAAAACAUGCGAAAAUUUUAUGAAACAUUGUGAAAAUGGGUAUUACAAUGGGACCAAAUUUCAUCGAUCCAUAAGAAAUUUUAUGAUUCAAGGAGGUGAUCCCACAAAUACAGGAAAUGGUGGGAAAUCAAUAUGGGGAAAUAAAUUCGAAGAUGAAAUCAGACCAAAUUUAUCACAUACAGGUCGAGGAGUGUUGUCUAUGGCAAAUUCCGGGAAAAAUACUAAUGGAUCUCAGUUUUUUAUAACUUACCGUUCUUGUAAGCAUUUAGAUAACAAACACACUAUCUUCGGCCGAGUGGUAGGAGGUAUGGAUACUCUUAAUGACAUGGAGAAGAUUGAAGUUGAUAAUAAAGAUAGACCCAUUGAAGAUAUAAUUAUAUUAAAAGCUCAGAUUUUUGGUAAUCCCUAUGAUGAAGCUGAUGAGCAGUUGGCCAAAGAAAGACAAGAUGAAUUAGACAGACUAAAAGAAGAAGAAGCCAAAUCGAGAGCAAAAAUAAAUGCACAAAAGGAACUAAAAGUGUUCAGAACUGGCGUUGGAAAAUAUAUUAAUCCUAAAGGAAACAAAGGGGCCGAAUUAGAAAAGACAGAACCCAGUACGAAGAAGAAAAAAACUUGUAAUACAUUCAACUUUAAUAAUUGGUAACAUUUUAUUCGUCAUAUUUAUACAGGGCGUUUGGUAAACAAUGGGCCAUUGCUUAACCUUAGAUUCCUGAGGUUAUAAUAGGUCGAUUUAAGCUAACGUAGAAAGUUGAUAAUAACCGAAAUAGAGGGUGUCAAAGUUAAAUUUUAAUUUUAUUUAUUCUUGAAUAUUUCCUAACAGACAUGAGAUAAUAACACGGAAUUUGGUAAGCGGGGAUUUUUUGGGAUGAGAAAUCUAAAUUCACCACCAAAAAUAAUACGCUACCCAGAGGGCGCCACAUACGCCUUUCAGAGCUUAUUUAAUAGGUUCAAUUUUUUUAAUUAGCCACUCUACAUACUUUUUGAAUCAAAACGUUUAUUCUAAUAUUUUUAUUUAAAAAAGGUAUACUACAUUUAUCUCGCUAAACGCAACCGUUUUAUAAUAUUGUAGUUACACCCGAAAAAUAACUUAAAACCAUAAAAAUUUCCAAAAAUGUAUCGCAAAUUUCUUCAAAUGGAAUUUGCGAUGCAAUGACAUAAAUAUGAGAACAGCACAAUUAUUAUGGUUUCAAGUUUAUUUUUCGGGUGUAACUGUGUAACUACAAUGAUAUGCAAAAAUUUAUGUUGCCUCGCAGAUUGAAAAUGCGUUUAUCUCGAAAACGGUUGAGUUAGGAAGAUAAAUGUAGUAUACCUUUUUUAAGUAAAAAUAUUAAGAGAAUAAAUGUUUUAAUUCAAAAAGUGUGUAGAGUGGCUUAUUAAAAAAAUUGAACCUAUUAAAUAAGCUCUGAAAGGCGCAUGUGGCGCCCUCUGGGUAGUGCAUCAUUUUUGGUGGCGAAUUUAGAUUUCUCAUCCCAAAAACACUCGCUUACCAAAAUUCAUGUUAUUAUCCUAUGCCUGUUAGAAAAUAAUAUUCAAGAAUAAAUAAAAUAAAAGUUUAACUUUGACACCCUGUAUUUCAGUUAUCAACUUUCUUACUAAGGUAAGUUAGCUUAAAUCGACCUAUUUUAACCUCAGGAAUCUGAGGUUAAGCUAUGGCCCAUUCUUUACCAAACACCCUGUAUAAGCAGAUUUAUUUUGUAUAUAGUAUUUAAAUAAAUAAAAAUGCGUAUAUAAUAUCAA